AUGGAAGCGCCGCAAUCUGAGCAAUGGCAGCAGCGGGAGGGAUCACGCGUCGAGGCGAAAGCUGGCGGAGAAAUGGCCGAUGAAGCGUUCAUUGACGGGGGAGACGGGGGAAUGAGCGGCCCGCCUAGUCCUAUAGGCAACGCUGCUGGCAAUCUUAUAACUGCCUCUGCCGAAAACCGUUCUAAUAGCCCCAUGAUUCCAGCGAACUAUGUCACAGCCUCGCCCUGUUUCAGAUCUCCUGUUGCCCCGCCCUCCCCGUCGUUAACCCUCUCCCCCUCCCCCGCGCUCCUCCCGUCGCCCGCCAUGCCCCACACUCACUCCGCUCCCCGCGCGCCCUCCGCCAUUCCGCCCCUUCCCGCAAGUCUUCCCACUCUCCCCGCGAGCGUUCCGCGGGUAACCGCAGGGUUGCCCCCACUGUCUGCGGGGCCUUUUUCCUCCCCGGAGCCGCGCACUCCCCCUGCCGUUCCGCGCCUGCGCUUUCAGCGCAAUCCGCGGAGCCUAUUUGGGCGGGGAACGGGGGAGAGAGCGGAAGGACUGGGGCUGCUAGACUUGCCCCAAGAGGUCGUGGUGCGGAUUGUCUGUUGUCUCCGGCACCACGAGCUCUCCUCUCUACUCCUCACCUCCAAAGCUGUCAGCGAUGCGGUGCUGACAGCGCGUGCCAUCCACUUUGACUUUACCACGCCGGACGUGGACAGGAGGGGCGGCAGCAGGAACAACCACCACUCCCGGGGGCUACGCUGGAGAAGGGGGGGCGGGGGGAGGCACCGCACAUUGGGGGGAGCAAGGGCGCUGAGGUGA